AUUGGCUCCCGAGGCCAACCCUCUAGCCGCGGUUUAUAAGAAUUGGGGCUGCCCCGAGCGCCCUGCCCAGGAGCCACAGCCGGGCCUCCGAAAGCGCUCCUCGAAGUCCUGCCUGGCCCUGGGCCUGCCCUGCGGCUGCUUUUGGAGUCGCUGCGGGCGAAGCGUUAGGAGCGAGAGGCCCAGGGAGCCGAGCGCCCGAGCGAGCGGGCAGCGCCAUGCGCCGUGCCAGCCGCGACUACACCAAGUACCUGCGGGGCGCGGAGGAGAUGGGCAGCGGGGGCCCCGGAGACCCGCACGAGGGCGCCCCGCACGCCGCGCCUCACGCCGCGCCGCCCCCGCCGCCCGCCGCUUCCCGCUCCACCUUCCUGGCCCUGCUGGGGCUGGGGCUGGGCCAGGUCGUGUGCAGCGUUGCUCUGUUCCUGUACUUCCGCGCGCAGAUGGAUCCUAAUAGAAUAUCAGAAGACAGUACUCACUGCAUUUAUAGAAUUUUGAGACUCCAUGAAAAUACAGAUUUGCAAGACACAGCUCUGGAGAGUGAAGACACAAAGUUAAUACCUGACUCAUGUAGGAGAAUUAAACAGGCCUUUCAAGGAGCUGUGCAAAGGGAAUUACAACAUAUUGUUGGGUCACAACACAUCAGAGCAGAGAAAGCAACAGUGGAAGGUUCAUGGUUUGAUCUGGUCAAGAGAGGCAAGCUGGAAACUCAACCUUUUGCUCACCUCACUAUUAAUGCCACCAAUAUCCCAUCAGGUUCCCACAAAGUUAGUCUGUCCUCUUGGUACCAUGACCGGGGUUGGGCCAAGAUCUCCAAUAUGACUUUGAGCAAUGGAAAACUAAUGGUUAAUCAAGAUGGCUUUUAUUACCUGUAUGCCAAUAUUUGUUUUCGACACCAUGAAACAUCGGGAGACUUAGCUACAAAGUAUCUUCAGCUCAUGGUAUACGUCACAAAAACCAGCAUCAAAAUUCCGAGUUCUCAUACUCUGAUGAAAGGAGGAAGCACCAAAUACUGGUCAGGGAAUUCUGAAUUCCAUUUUUAUUCCAUAAAUGUUGGGGGAUUUUUUAAACUACGAUCUGGUGAGGAAAUAAGCAUUGAAGUGUCCAACCCUUCCCUGCUUGAUCCAGACCAAGAUGCAACUUACUUUGGGGCUUUCAAAGUGCGUGACAUAGACUGAGACCCACUUUGUGGAGCUUUACUGUGCAUUUCCUAGAUGUUUGGAAAUUUUGUUUUAGACAAGCCAAGAGAGAUGUACAUAGGGGUUUAAGACUGCUAAGAGGCAUGGCCCAUGAUGGUACAAAAUUCAUCUGUUCUCUUGAGCUUGUUCAGAGCUUGCAUACUUACAGUCAGUGAGGGAUGCAUUACACAGUGGUUUUACAGUUUUAUAAUGAACUCCCAGGAUUAAGCCAGACUGGAACAAGUAUGACUGCCCUCAUGAAAAUCAGCAUCUGGGCCAUGAGAGGGGUUACUUCUCUGGGCAGUGGUUCUGUGUCACUCUGCCCUUCAGGUGGAGGAUGUCACUGCACUGCAAAUGAAUGAUCAUCUAAAGGGUUAAGUUCUUGUGAGUUGUUGCACCAUUCUGGAACUUGCAAACAAAUAUUUUUUCUAAUGAGAAGAGAAAAUAAUAUGUAUUUUUAUAUAAUAUCUAAAUUUAUAUUUC